ACAAAUGCGGAUUUCUCGUGUUUUUGUUUCCAAAAUAAACAAAAAUAAGUUAUAAUAUCAAUAGUUUGACUGAAUACGUAUUAGAGGCUUAUAAACUAAGUCGUUUGCAGUGUGUGUGAUAAUUACAAUGAUUUUAUUUCAAUAAACUUUUUGUUUUUUCACAUUCUCACUUGCCGGGUUUGCCCUAGUUUGAUACUCAAAAACUAACAAUGGUAUCUACAAGAGGAUUACGCUAUAAGUUUAGUGAAGGUGAAAGAGUACUAUGCUAUGAACCAGAUCCGACGAAAGCAAAAGUGCUCUACGAUUCCAAGGUUUUAGAGGUGAUAGAGAGUAAAGACAAGCGUGGACGUCGUACGGUGGAAUAUCUGAUCCACUUCCAAGGCUGGAACUCGUCCUGGGACAGGUGUGUCAGCGAGGACUUUGUGCUGAAAGACACAGAGGAGAAUCGGCAGCUGCAGCGGGAUUUGGCAGAGAAGUCGCAGCUCCAAUUAGGAGCAUAUCUGUAUCGAAGAGAGCGCAAGAAGGGGAGCACUUCAAAUUCUGGAGCUGGUGCUGCGAAGAGAGUGAGACAUGGCUUCAGCGACGAUGGCUCUACCAGUAGCACACCCCCAGAUGAUGGAGAAAUCGGUGACACUGACUCCUCAUCGGGCUCAGGUUCCAGUGCACAGCCACAAUCUCCACCUAACCCACAUGCUGGGAGGGCCAGCAUUACAUUACAAUCUGCACUGAGGGACCGUCUUACCUUCGACUACCAUCUCGUCGUAAAGCGUGGCCGCCUCGCGCGUCUGCCCGCGUCGCCGUGCGUCGCGCAGAUACUGGAGGGCUUCGUGCGGUGGUUCGCGCGCGCCGGCGCCUGGCGCACGCCCGCGCGCCGCCACGAGCCGCCGCCCCGACCUGAUAUGCUGGACGUCACUUGCAGGUUGAACCUGCUGCGCGAGGUGGCGGACGGCUUGCGCGUGUACUUCGACUUCGUGCUGCGCAGCCACCUGCUGUACCGCCGCGAGCGACAGCAGUACGCCGACCUGUGCGGACAGUUCGCCGACGAUCGCGAAAUAAAGAGUUCACCUGACGACGAGAAGGAGAACUACAGCCAGGAGGAGCUGAUGAUGCUGAUGGAGCUGCGCAGCCCGCGCCUACCCGACUACAGCCACCUGCCGCCAGACCCCGACGACCACUACGAGGAAGACAUGCAAGAUGACGACCAGAAUAAUGAUGAUGAGGAGAGAAGCGAAACACAUGAUAAGAAACCGGAGUCCCUCUGCGAGGAGAGCAGUAGCCAGGGCCGGGAGAGCACCAGCCAAGGCCGAGAAACCAGCCAAGGACGAGAAAGCAACAGCCAAGGACGUGAGACCAGCCAAGGCCGAGAAACCAGCCAAGGCCGAGAAACUAACAGCCAAGGUCGAGAUACCAACAGCCAAGAUCGGGAGACAAAUAAUAAAGGCGGGGAAAGUAAUAGCCAAAGCCGAGAAACCAACAGCAGAGACAGUAAGCAGGAGAAACCAGAGUCCAGAAGUGGGAAUGUAGCUAGAAGGUUACGGUCGCACAAGUCGGCAGUGUCGCAGUCUGAGAACGACGCGCCCUCCACCUCCGCCGACCACAAGACCUUCGAGACGCUCUCAUCCAGUGUGGGCAGUAGCGGAUCGUCGGUCAGCGAGGCGUGGGCGUCCCGCCGGCCCGCCGCCCCCGCGCCCCCCACACCCGCCACCACGCGCACGCCGCUCUCGCAGCUACUAGAUAAGGUGGGCAAGUGGCAGAUAGUGCCGCGCGAAAACACAGAACACCUGCCGUGCAGAGUCUACGGCGCCAUACAUCUAGCCAGACUGUUCGUGAAACUACCAGACUUUUUGAACGCAACACAGAUGCCAGAUUUAAAACUGAAACUGAUAUUAAAACAUAUUGAUGUCUUCGUUCACUAUCUGGAAGACCACAGCGAAUGGUUCGGCGAAAUGUACUACAUCAACGACGGUAUAUCUCGCUCACACUGAACCGGCUUAACUAGAAUCAUCAUGUAAUAAAGUAUGAACAAACCCCCUUACUAAUUUAAAUAUUUACAUAGCGAACUAUACAAGAUUUGCUAGUCUCUGUCUGGCUUAGGGUCAAUUUAUAAAAGCGCAGAGUCGAAGCGCGUCGAAGCGUCAAAUUCGCAACAAGUCAAACAAAUGCGCGCGGAUUCGCCAGAGUGCCUACAGAGAUGACGCGUAGAUUCGCUUGUGUGCGCUUGGAUGCGCGAGAACGCACCAAAAAGCGGUGGUCAAGCGAAUUCGCGAAAGUGCGCGCGGAUGCGUGCGCCUUUUUAAAUUCUCAGAAGUAAUAUGUGCGUUAACACUUUGGAGUUAAGGUUAAAUUUGAUAUGUUCAGUUUUAAUAAUUCGCUUCGAUGCGCUUCGACUCUGCGCUAGUAUAAAUUGACCCUUAUUGGAAACAAGUUGAACCCGCAUUUAUUUUAAAGAUUUUAUAUACCAUUUUGUC